AUGGAGGUUCUCGUAGAUUUUUCUAUCUCCUGCCUUCGCGUCGAUUACUUCCUGCUUCUUGUAAAAUUCGACAACAACGUGGUUUCGACCUCUAUGCUGCUUAAGUUUGUAAUUUGUACACAUGAUGCUCAAACGAAUGUCCGCAGCUCAAGUAAACGACAGGAAAUCAAGAAAGGGGCCUCUCCUGAACCGAUCCUCUCGAUAAAUUCUGGUCUUCAUCGAAGCAGCGAUGAGGAAUCAGAACCGGAAAAUGGUUCUGCAGACAGUGUUCCGAGCCUCAAGUCAGACGCAGAAAAGGGAAACAGUAUUCAUUCGACCGUAGAAGAUAACCAUGCUAAUGAGAAAACUGAAACGAGUGACGAUAUACAAAGAACUGAAGUAACUCGGUACAGAAAUAAACCUGCAAAGAAGAAGGAGGAAAAUGUACACGCCACUAUUGAUAUUGAGCAUGAUGAUGGACAGAACUUAAAUACGUUAACUGUGCCUGAGGUUGCAAAAGCUUUGUCCAUUAACACAAGUGGAGGGGAGCAAUUUUCAGAUGGACAGUAUGGGGAACUAAUGACAAUGAUAAGAAAUGCAGAGAAAAAUAUUCUUCGGCUUGACCAAGCACGGUCCACUGCUCUUGAUGAGCUCAACAAGAUUCUAAGUGAAAAAGAAGCACUGCAGGGAGAAAUCAAUGUUUUGGAAAUGAAAUUGGCUGAUACUGAUGAUAGGAUCAAAACUUCUGCUCAAGAGAAAGAACGUGUAGGGGUUCUGGAAGAAGAGUUAGAGAAGCUUCGUCAUGAAAUGAUUUCCCCGCUAGAAAGUGAUGGUUAUAUUCUAGCUCUUAGCAAAGAACUUGAAACAUUGAAGAUAGAGAAUCUGUCUUUGAGGAAAGAUAUAGAAAUGCUUAAGACAGAACUUCACAGUGUUAAGGAUACUGAUGAACGUGUAGUUGUGUUGGAAAAAGAAUGCUCAGGUUUGGAAUCUUCUGUUAAGGAUUUAGAGUCUAAGUUAUCGGUUUCCCAGGAAGAUGUCUCGAAGCUUUCGUCUCUUAAAACCGAAUGCACUGAUCUAUGGACGAAGGUAGAGAGUCUACAGCUGUUGUUAGAUAGAGCUACCAAACAAGCAGAGCAAGCGGUUUUAGUGUUACAACAGAAUCAAGAUCUCAGAAAUAAGGUUGAGAAAAUCGAGGAAGCGCUUAAAGAGGCCAAUGUUUAUAAAGAAUCAUCAGAAAAAAUCCAACAGUACAAUGAACUGAUGCAACAUAAGGUGAAAUUACUUGAGGAGCGGCUCGAAAAGUCUGAUGCAGAGAUAUUCGCGUAUGUUCAGUUAUAUCAAGAAUCAAUAAAAGAAUUCCAGGAAACACUUGAAAGUUUGAAGGAAGAAACCAAGAGAAAAGCAAGAGAUGAACCUGUCGAUGAUAUGCCUUGGGAUUAUUGGAGUCGUUUACUUCUAACUGUUGAUGGAUGGCUGCUUGAAAAGAAAAUAGCAAGCGAUGAUGCAGACUCUCUAAGAGAAAUGGUUUGGAAAAAAGAUAGAAGAAUUCACGAUACAUAUAUUGAUGUCAAAGACAAGACUGAAGGCGAUGCUAUCUCUGCAUUUCUCAAGCUUGUGGCGUCGCCAACAAGUUCAGGAUUGUAUGUCGUUCACAUUGCAGCUGAGAUGGCACCUGUAGCUAAGGUGGGCGGUUUGGGGGAUGUUGUGGCAGGUCUUGGUAAGGCAUUGCAAAGAAGAGGUCAUUUGGUGGAGAUUAUCCUUCCCAAAUAUGACUGUAUGCAGUAUGAUCGUGUGCGCGACUUAAGGGCUUUGGAUACUGUUGUGGAGUCAUAUUUUGACGGAAAGUUAUAUAAAAACAAAAUCUGGGUUGGAACUGUUGAAGGCUUGCCUGUACAUUUCAUCGAACCUCAACAUCCGAGCAAAUUCUUCUGGAGAGGGAUGUUUUAUGGAGAGCAAGAUGAUUUCAAACGCUUUUCGUAUUUUAGCCGUGCUGCAUUAGAGUUGCUUCUUCAGUCCGGCAAAAAACCCGACAUCAUACAUUGUCAUGACUGGCAAACAGCUUUUGUUGCGCCGCUUUAUUGGGAUCUGUAUGCUCCAAAGGGGUUAGAUUCUGCAAGAAUAUGCUUUACAUGUCACAAUUUCGAGUAUCAAGGUACCUCAUCUGCUUCAGAAUUGGGAUCUUGCGGUCUCGAUGUUAGCCAGUUAAACAGACCAGACAGAAUGCAGGAUCACUCAUCUGGAGAUAGAGUCAAUCCUGUUAAGGGUGCUAUAAUCUUCUCAAAUAUUGUAACAACUGUGUCUCCUACUUAUGCACAAGAAGUUCGAACACCCGAGGGAGGGAAAGGACUUCACUCGACGCUCAAUUUUCACUCCAAGAAAUUCAUUGGAAUCCUUAAUGGCAUUGACACGGAUUCAUGGAAUCCCGCCACCGACCCUUUCCUCAAGGCUCAGUUCAACGCUAAAGAUUUACAAGGGAAAGAAGAAAACAAAUACGCCCUUAGAAAGCAGCUUGGACUUUCUUCUGCCAAGCCGAGACGGCCUCUGGUUGGUUGCAUAACAAGGUUAGUACCACAAAAGGGAGUUCAUCUAAUCAGGCAUGCGAUAUACCGAACAUUAGAGUUAGGUGGACAGUUUGUUCUUCUCGGUUCUAGCCCAGUUCCGCAUAUUCAGAGGGAAUUUGAAGGUAUAGAACAACAGUUUAAGAGCCAUGACCAUGUCCGGUUGUUACUGAAGUACGAUGAAGCUCUGUCUCAUUCGAUUUACGCAGCAUCCGAUAUGUUCAUCAUUCCUUCAAUUUUCGAGCCUUGUGGACUUACACAGAUGAUCUCUAUGAGAUAUGGAUCCAUUCCAAUCGCCCGAAAAACUGGAGGCUUAAACGACAGUGUCUUCGACAUCGAUGAUGAUACAAUACCAACCCAGUUUCAAAACGGAUUUACAUUUCAAUCCGCGGACGAACAGGGUCUAAAUUACGCGCUGGAGCGAGCAUUUGAUCAUUACAAGAAAGAUGAAGAGAAAUGGAAGAGACUUGUGGAGAAAGUGAUGAGUAUAGAUUUCAGUUGGGGAUCAUCAGCUACACAGUACGAAGAGCUCUACACGAGAUCAGUGGCUAGAGCAAGAGCUUCUGCUAACCGCACGUGA